ACAAAUUUGAAAACUAGUUGCAAUCACAGAUCUACGAUGAGUAGAUGACGCUUAAAGAAUUAAAGAUAGUUAAACUGUGCAAAACGUAAGCCAUCACGCAUAUGAAUAUACCAUGAGUGCGAAAGAGGCAGACUACAAAUGAAAAAUCGUGACCAUUUUUGAGUUCGACACUGGCGGCUAACGGCCGCCAUUUAUUAAUUUUCAAACGCAUGUCCGGCAUCGUAACACCUUAAGUAUUUUAAUUAGAAAAUAUAAAUCUCAUCCACAUGGAAUCCAGGGCUAUAACCACGAAAACCGAAGCUCAUCAAUUGCGGGUGUUUUUCUCUGUCACUCUUAUUACGUCGUAGUGAGAGAUUUUGUGAAGCGUUUUACAGAAUAGAAUAAACUAUAUCCAUCCUUUUUCAGGGGCCAUAAUACUAGCACAGCAAAAAUACAGUAAGAUUCUUUCUGACUAUGCACAAAUGAGAAAAGAUCUUGGCCAAACUAUAUAUUCCACGUUAUCCUAAUAUCCCAGAUACACAUAACUUAUGGUCACCCUAAUUAGAAAGAGAUGCAACGGCCCACCUUGACUUCUCAUGUGGACACACUUUUUGGCCAAUGUACCCUAUCCGGUUAAUCUUAUAAGUCCGUGAUCACGGACGUCAUCUUGAUACUCUGGAUCCUAUUUGACAGUCUUACUCGCCUCGCCUACUUUGCAAAUACAUAUUCCAAGAUUAUCGUAGUAUUGUUUUUAGUGCGUUGGAACAAAUAUCGCAACUGUAUAAAAUACAAAAACCGGCGCACUACCCCAGAAACCAGUGGUCUAUAGCAGCGUACAAAACAACCCACCCAGCGGGUUGUCCGGCAUCUGAACAAAGUUCACGAGCGCCCACCAGGUCAUUUCAAUCACCAAUGCCUAGCCGGGAGUUCCUUUGGGAUAUUUUUAGAAGAGUGGACAAAGACCGAAGUGGGUAUAUAUCAGCCGAUGAGCUGCAACAAGCUUUGUCAAAUGGCACCUGGAACCCAUUCAAUCCAGAGACAGUACGACUUAUGAUUGGUAUGUUUGACAAACAGAAUAGAGGUGUCAUAUCAUUUGAAGACUUUGGCGCACUAUGGAAAUAUGUCACAGACUGGCAAAAUUGCUUUCGCUCAUUUGAUAGAGAUAACUCUGGAAAUAUAGAUAGGCAAGAAUUGAAGAAUGCUCUCACAGCAUUUGGGUACAGGCUAUCUGAUGAAGUUGUGGGCAUUAUGGUCCAAAAAUUUGAUAGAUUUGGACGAGGCACAAUUUUGUUUGAUGAUUUCAUCCAAUGCUGUGUCACUUUAUAUACUUUGACUUCGGCAUUUCGUCAAUUUGAUACUGACCAAGAUGGAGUGAUCACAAUCCACUACGAACAGUUCUUAAAGAUGGUAUUCGGCCUAAAGUGCUGGCCGUAAACUUCGGGGUUUCCAUGUCGCGCCUCCAAGAUUUGGGAACAACCCGACAAUAGUACCUGAAAAAUGUCAACCUCCUUUAAAUACCCGAGUCGUACAUUACUAAAUAUUUUAGCUAAACUAACUGGUAUCUGGGACAACUUCAGAAUGUAGAUUUUAGACAAUGUAGACUCUAGUAAUCUUUACACAAAGUUGCGUACCUAAUCAUGUUAUUGUAAGCGCUCACUAAGAUCACUCGUUAAGACACGUUAUCUACAAUAUAUAUGUUAUAAUAUAUGCAGAUACCAGUCUUUUAUACUUUUUUUUAUUUAUAGGUAGGAAGCCUUUUUAUAAAAUUUUAUUAAACAUAUACUUAGUAAAGAACCUAUAAAUACUUAAGUAUAAAUAAGUUUGACGACAUAUUCCUGUAGGUAUUUUAUGUACCAUAACCUUUGUGAUACCUACCUACACGAAAACCGCUUGUAUUUAUGGAUUAUCUAUAAGCUAUUUGUUUUUUAUACUAUCUUGCCUCUUCUAGUAGAUUACCUAUCUAUUUAAAUAUUUAUUCUAAAUUGUAUAUUGUAUCGUAUAAGUGUUGUUUCCGUGUCUGCUCACUUUGCCAAAUUUUUGUGUAGAGAAGCAUUUUUGUAUGUUGCUCAAUCAAUGAGCUUAUUAUGUGCACGGUAGUGCACGGCCAAGUUACUAUUUCCCGGAAAGACUAAGUCCCAUUUUUAGAAUCUCUAUAGAGGACAUUUUGUACAUAGGUAUAUUUUAUAGUUUGUAGUCUACAUACCUGUCAUCCAAUGUCGUGACUUUAACACAAGUUUAUACUCUGAAUUUUAUAAAUUUCUCAAUUAAGACUAUGUUAUUAUUCUGAAAUUAUAUAUUUAUAGAUUUUUCAUUCAAAGACGUUAGACAUUAAAAUUAUCUUUCGAUUAAAUCGAUCUGAAACGUUGGAAAUCUAUUAGCAUUAAGAAUAAUAAUAAAACAAUCUGCAACAAAUGACAA